AUGCUGGUUGUGCUCUUUGUGAUCCUCUCUGUCUUGAUCUACGGUGGGGACAAUUACGCCGACGUGCAGGAGGCGUUGGAGACGACAAAGAGCAUCGGCGAGAAGACAGUGGUUUUUGCAUCGUUCUGGGCUGGUUGUGUUGCCUGCGGUGAAGCUGAAGCAGCUUCGAAGAAUGCCUGGCACUGUGGGGACUGCAAAGCCUCGUGGACCUAUGGGACCCCGGACUUUGGACAGCAAGCCCAGUCAGGACGUGCUCAAUCGCCUCGGAGGCAACAAGGCAAUCAGGCGUAUUCGCAACAGUGGCAGUGGCCUCAAGAACCAUGGGUGGAUUCGACGACAUAUGGUCGAGCUCAGAGUCCUCGUCAGCGACAAGGACAAGGGCGAAAGAAGUCCCGCAAGGGAAAAAAGGCUGCUCAGCAGGCAAUGGAGCAGAUGGCCCAGCCUUUUCCUCAGCAGCCUCCUCUUCCGCCACCCCUCACACCGCCUCCGGGAUCGGGUUCUACGCCUGCGCCAGUGGCUCCCAAUCUUGCUCAACCCACGACGACCACUUCGUCUGGGCCGGCGUUGACACCGCCACCCGAGGAGAUUGUGAAAUAUCGAGCCCUCGUGCAGAAGCUGCAGAAACAUCAAGAUCAAGGAGGCGAACUUCCAGACGAUAUUCAAACCGAUCUGAAGGAUGCCAUUGCGAAAGUUGCCAAGCACGACAAGAAGACUAUGCACCAAGCGGUGAACGCUAUGGACAAUGCUCGACAAGAUUACGACAAGGCAGUCCAAGCUCGAGCUCAGCUGCAUUCUCAGUGGAGAUCUUUUCUUGCCGAGAGCCUCAAGCUUUGGCAAGGACACACAGCCAGCUUCCAAACACAGGAAGCCCAGCUGACCGAGAAGAUUCAGCAAGCCAAGGAGGCAUUUGUGGUGGCGCGGGACAUCAUGAAUGCCAGCAAGCUCGAGGCGGCGAACAUGGUGCCGGUCGACGAGAAGGCUGGCACGGUUGUGGUCUCCGACGAGGAGGAGCUGAGAGAUGUUCCUAUGGCAGCUGCUCACCGUAUUGCAACGGGUCUGACCAGUUUGGUCGAGACAAUGUCUCAGUUGCAAACUCAGACAGAGGAAUUGGUGCAAGAAGAACAACGUGCCAAAAGACAACGAGUCAAUGCCGACAAGGUCGACUCAGGCAUGACAGAUGGAGAUCAGUCUGCGCUGCCGUCUUUUGGUGGGCCCGGUGGUCAGUGA